UCGAUUGAUGUUGCUAGUCUUUGAUCUGAAUCAGUAGGUACCAACGUUGCGAAUAAACGUAUCUGCUGUUGGUUUUAAUGACACGUGCGAAGUAUCAUGUGGUAUAAUUAUAAUUAUUGUUUCUAAGCUGUGUAAAAUGGCGGAAGAAGAUGUUAUUAAACCACGUAAUUUCCAUGAAAUGGAAUUAGAUGACAGAAUAUUAAAAGCAGUUGCAAAACUUGGAUGGCUUGAACCAACGCUAAUUCAAGAAAGAGCUAUACCCCUUCUUUUGGAGGGGAAAGAUGUUCUUUUGCGAGCACGAACCGGCUCAGGAAAAACGGGAGCAUUUGCUAUUCCUGUUGUGCAGAGGAUUCUUAAUUCUAAGCAAGUGUCUAAGGAGCAAAAUACAAAAGCACUUAUUCUUGCUCCAAGUAAAGAGCUUUGUCAACAAAUACAUACAAAUUUCAUGGAGUUAACAACAAAAUGCUCUCGUGAAAUUUGCUGUGUUGAUAUAUCACCUCAAGUAGACGUUUCAGCACAGCGCCAAAUUUUGGUUGAACGUCCCGAUAUUGUUGUGGGUACACCUUUGAGAGCACUAACCCACUUGAAAGCUCGAAAUCUCAAUCUUAAGGACUCGCUUGAGGUGUUGGUAGUUGAUGAAGCUGAUCUUGUGUUCUCAUUUGGAUAUGAAUCUGAGAUGAAGGAGGUCUUAAGUUAUCUGCCUCGUGUCUACCAGGCAAUAUUGGCCAGUGCUACGUUAUCGGAAGAUGUGCUGAAUUUGAAAAGCAUGGUAUUACACAAUCCUGUGAUCCUGAAACUUCAAGAACCAGAGUUGGCACCGGCAACUCAGUUGACACACUAUCAUUUGGCUGCUGAAGAAGAUGAAAAGGCGGCCAUUUUGUAUGCAUUACUGAAGUUACAUCUUGUACGGGGAAAAUCUAUCAUCUUUGUCAACUCUGUGGAUAGAUGUUACAAGUUGAAGUUGUUUUUAGAGCAAUUUGGAAUUCCAACUUGCGUUCUUAACUCAGAGCUUCCCGCUACCAUACGUUGCUUGUCCGUAAAUCAGUUCAACCAGGGAGUGUAUGACAUCAUUAUCGCUUCAGAUGAAAAAGCUUUGGAUGAGCCACAUGCACUGAGAUAUGUCGGAAAGAAAGGAAAGCGUAAGAAAGACAAAGAAUUUGGUGUUGCAAGGGGCAUUGAUUUUCAGUUUGUGUCAAAUAUAAUCAACUUUGAUUUCCCACCUGAUGUUGGCUCUUACAUUCACAGAGUUGGCCGGACUGCCAGGGGUAAACACCAGGGUACUGCACUGUCAUUUGUAAGCAUAAGAGAACGCCCUUUAAUGGAGGAUGUCGAAGAUCGUCUACGAAGUUGCUGUUCUGAAGAUGAAAAAGUGUUCAGAGCUUACCAAUUUAAACUUGAAGAAGUGGAAGGAUUCCGUUACCGUUCAAAGGAUGCGUGGCGUUCCGUUACAAGAAUUGCAGUACGAGAGGCACGUCUAAAGGAAAUCAAGCAAGAAGUAUUAAACUGCCAGAAGCUUAAGAGCUAUUUUGUAGAUAAUCCACGGGAUCUUCAGUCAUUGCGACAUGACAAAGCUCUUCAUACGGUAAAAAUACAACCGCACUUGGCAGAUGUGCCUGAAUACAUCAUCCCACCUGCCCUUAAGAACCUAGCAGGUGUUUCAAGACCACAUAAAAGACAUUUUCCAAGGGAUGGUGGUUUUUCUGGAACUUCCAAUGCCAAAGCCCGAUAUGACGCAAAGAAGAGGAAUCCUCUGUUAUGUAUGGAGUUUUCUGGAUUUAAGAAGAAACGGUGAUUCAUAAAACUUCACAAAAUGUUAAAUGAAAGUAAUCAUCUAUGUAUCAGUGGUUCUCAAUCAAAAAGUCAUGUUUCACCUGUAUAGAAAAUGUAUAUGGUAUUUACCCUAAUAAGAGUCCCACCAUUUUUUGAAAUCUGCCUUCCCAAAAACUAAGGUACAGCAGUUGGAAUAUUCUUUUGAUGGUAAGAUAAUCUGUACUGCAGUUGAUUAGAAAAUUUUGAAUAAUAAUUUAUGAUUAAUGCAAAUAUUUCAGUAAUAAUCAACAUACAAAUAGUUGUUUCACAGAAGAAUAGAUGAAUGAGACAUGAGGUAAAGUAAUUGAGUUUGGAUGGUCACAUCUUUAUUGAUAUUUUGGCAGUGGAGCAAGAUGGUUACCCUUGAAUAGUAAGUAAUCAGUGCUGAAUGAAUGAUGACUGGUUUAAACCUAGAUGUUGGUUAAAGGACAAAGGAAACCUUCAGUAAUGUAUUUCAGUAGUAAUGAACAAACACACCAUUUACAUUUAUUAGUAACCACAAGUUUAUAUAAAAAACUAUGUAAAAUUGCAUUCAUAAUUUGCAAUGAGAGAACGAUACAAUUAACAAACACGCACUUGAUUGAUUUAUUAUAAUCACAGUUAUGCAGGACAGAUAUUUUAAAUUACAUUUUCUUGAGAUCAGCAAGCAGUAUGCAUGGUAUGAUUAGUUGUUGCAAAACUGCGAUUAAGCAAUGUCUUUUGAACUUAAAAAAAAAGUUUAAAUGUGGCUGGUACUUGAGAGGAAAUUAACUUAACAAAGUUCAGUGCAGCUUAUAUAUUAAGAGUUGUUUAUUUUCUUCUUAAUUUCUGGUGACUUAUAUUCACAAAGAUACAGUAAAUUCAGAAUCACUUACCUAUACUCUGAUAAUUGGCUAAUGAACUUGCAUAGAUGCAACUAAGUGUCUGAUUUAGUUAAUAAAACUGUUAUAUGAAUAUUUCCCUA